CGAGGACACGAGCUAAAGGAACUGAAAGACUCGGUUGAAAGGGGGCAUCUAGGUAUGUGAGGAUCUGGAAAGAAGUCAGUGGCCUGAAGCUUGGUGGGAAAAAAGAGAUUCUGGGCUAAGACAGCGUGCAGAAGGGGACUGGCUUUGGGCCGGUGGUGGUGAAGAGAGAACACAUUUAAAGGGGGCGAGACCCAGAAUAAGAUAGACAUUUAAAGGGACAGGUGCGCAGAAGAGACAUUUAAAGGUGCAGAUGCUCUACCUAGAGCAAACUCGAGAGACCGGCUCAGCAAACAGAAGACUUGUGAAAUAGCAGGUUCCGGGAGAGCGGAACACUCUAAAGCCUCUGGACCAAGACGUUCGUAAGAGUGCGGGGUUUGAGAACACGAUGAUUAAAGGUUCCCUCGGAUUCUGUUCUCAGGUUAUGGCCCCCAGUGCCCUGUAGACCUGGCGGUCCCUCAGUGCUUGCGGCCCCUAUUUGGGGGUCUUGGAGGCUGCUGGAGGAACUUUCAGAGAAUCAAAGAAGGCAGGACCAUGGCAUCUAAGGCCUCUGAACUCCCCUCCGGGCGCAGCGUGACGGCAGGCAUCAUCAUUGUCGGAGAUGAGAUCCUCAAGGGCCACACUCAGGACACCAACACUUACUUUCUGUGCCGGACCCUGCGCUCCCUGGGGGUCCAGGUCUGCCGAGUCUCUGUCAUACCUGAUGAGGUCGCCACCAUUGCAGCCGAGGUGGCCUCUUUCUCCAGCCGCUUCACCCACGUCCUCACGGCUGGGGGCGUCGGCCCCACGCAUGACGAUGUGACCUUCGAGGCGGUGGCCCGGGCCUUUGGGGAGGAGCUGAAGCCGCACCCGGAGCUGCAAGCAGCCAUCAAAGCUCUCGGAGGGGAGGGCUGGGAGAAGAUGACGCUGGUGCCCUCCUCCGCCCGCCUGCAUUACGGCACCGACCCUCGGACCGGCCGUCCUUUCCGAUUCCCGCUGGUCUCGGUCCGCAACGUCUACCUCUUCCCGGGCAUUCCCGAGCUGCUGCGGCGCGCGCUGGAGGGGUUGAAGGGGCUCUUCCAAAACACCGGGGUGCAGUUCCACUUGAGGGUGCUGUAUGUGGCGGCCCCCGAAGCCUCCAUCGCCCCCAUACUAGCGGAGGCCCAGGCCCAUUUUGGGCGCAGGCUUGGCCUGGGUUCCUACCCUGACUGGGCCAGCAACUACUAUAAGGUGAAGGUGACUCUGGACUCCGAGGAGGAAGAGCCCGUGGAGGAGUGCCUGGCCUACCUGAAGGCCCGCCUGCCCCAGGGGUCGCUGGUCCCCUUCCAGCCCAGUGCAGUGGAGCAAGCUAGCGAGGCUGUGUACAGACUCUCUGAGUCAGGGUCUUGCCUGGGGAAGAAGGUAGCAGGCGCCCUACAGACCAUUGAGACGGCCCUGGCACGGUACCAGCUCGCCCAGCUCUGCGUGGGCUUCAACGGAGGCAAGGAUUGCACUGCCCUGCUGCACCUUGUCCACGCAGCUGUGCAGAGGAAAUUUCCUGAUGUUCCGAAGCCCCUCCAGAUCCUGUAUAUCCGCAGCACCUCUCCUUUCCCAGAGCUGGAACAGUUUCUACAAGACACCGUGAAGAGGUAUGAUCUGCGGCUGUUAGAAGCUGAGGGUAACAUGAAACAGGCCCUGAGCGAGCUGCAAAAGCAGCAUCCCCAGCUGGAGGCUGUCCUGAUGGGUACCCGCCGGACUGACCCCUACUCCUGUAGCCUCUGCCCUUUCAGUCCCACAGACCCCGGCUGGCCCACGUUCAUGCGCAUCAACCCGCUGUUGGAACAUCUGGGACUUUCUUCGUCAGCUGUUUGUACCAUACUGUAUCCUGUACGACCAAGGGUACACCUCGCUGGGGAGUCGGGAGAACACCGUGAAGAACCCGGCGCUGAAGUGCCCGAGCCCAGGAGGGCACCCCGCCUACCGUCCCGCCUACCUGCUAGAGAACGAAGACGAGGAGCGGAACUCCCGCACGUGACCGUCCGCACCGGGCGAGGGUUGCGGGCUGGCACGGGGUGCGACCUGUCAAUAAACGAGCCUCGCCUGCCACCGCGCCCACUGGUCUGGCCGAGCCUUCCUGCUCCGGGGGUCCGGGGAGGCGGGACUGGGCCAAGUCGGCCAGCUCCGAGCCCACAGGCAGCCAGGAGCGGUGCAGGACAGGCUAGGGAAGAGCCGCGCUGGCUGACUCUCACCAUCGGCCUGAGCCAGGGCCCGCUGCAAGGCAGGAGCUGUGCCAGCCUCCCGGAAGGGGGCAGCCAGGCACACGUAGGAGAAGAUGACGAGCUGGCCGGGCCCUGGAAGAUGAAAGAUGGAGUGGCCAGGCUCUCCCUUGUGCUAGCCCCGCCCCCAUCCCUGUCCACAGGGCUGACUCAGCCUGCUGCCAGGCCCAGAACCUUCCUUUGCUAGGUCCUGGGGCCUUUGUUACUAGUCAUGAGACCUGCGUGGGUGGGGACAGUGGAUAAAAGACCCCAAGGGAAGCUUCUACUCCCCUCUUCACAGCUGCUGCCCAGAAUGCUGCCCCGAAUGCGUCCCCUUGCCCAGGCCUUGCCCUUCUCCCUUGGAGGGGCCCUACGUGACACCGGUCUCCGGGUUCCUGUCUUUAAGAUGGGCAGAGGGUGGGAAGGCCUGCUGCGAA